AAAAAAAAAAAAAAGGCGCGUGCGAGAUGAUGUCUUCGCUUAUGACGUCAACUGAGCUUGCGCGUUCAGAGUCUAGACAGGAGGCGGGGCUCUCGGUAUAAAACCGGGGCGGCAAUAAGCGAGCUGGAGACAUCCAGAGAGAGACAUAAGAGCCAUGGAGAGCCCGAGGAGCGCUCCUAAACAACAGCCGACUAGUAACGACAGGAUGUGCGAGCUUAACAAACCGAGCGAGCCGCGGCGGAGGAAAGAGGAGCAGCCGGCCAACAACAGCACCGAGUUCUCGCGCAUCAUCACGGAUCCCGUCACUGGGAAAUGUUACUGCCGCGGGAAAGUUCUCGGAAAGGGAGGGUUUGCCAAGUGCUACGAGUUGACCGACCUGGCCGCCGGGAAGGUGUACGCGGCCAAAAUCAUCCCGCACGCGCGCGUCGCCAAACCGCACCAGCGCGAGAAGAUUAACAGGGAGAUCGAGUUGCACAGAGGACUGAGCCACAGGCACAUCGUGCAUUUCUAUCACCAUUUUGAGGAUAAGGAUAAUAUCUAUAUCUUACUGGAGUACUGCAGCAGAAGAUCACUAGCACACAUUCUGAAGGCACGCAAAGUUCUAACAGAGCCGGAGGUGAGGUACUACCUGAGGCAAACUGUGUCAGCGCUGAAAUAUCUGCACGAUCAGGAGAUCCUACACCGAGACCUCAAACUGGGGAACCUGUUUGUGAGUGACUCGAUGGAGCUGAAGGUUGGUGAUUUUGGACUGGCUGCCAAACUGGAGCCGGUGAGCAACAGGCGCAAAACGAUUUGCGGUACCCCGAAUUACCUUUCUCCAGAGGUGCUGAACAAGCAAGGCCACGGCUGGGAGUCGGAUAUCUGGGCUCUGGGUUGUGUUAUGUACACUCUGCUCCAGGGCAAACCUCCGUUUGAGACGAAUAACCUAAAGGAGACGUAUCGCUCUAUUAAAGAGGCCCGCUACUCUUUGCCUUCCUCCUUGUCCCUCCAAGCCAGGCAGCUCAUCGCCAGCAUGCUCUCCCGUGACCCAGCAGAUCGCCCGCGGCUCGACGAGAUUGCACAGCACGACUUUCUCUUGCAGGGCUUCAUGCCAGAGACACUGCCCUCCAGUUGCUGUCUCUCUGCUCCAGACUUCCACAUCUCCAGCCCUGCCAAGAGCUUUUUUAGGAAGGCUGCUGCUGCCCUGUUUGGUGGGAAAAGAGACAAAGCCAAGUACUAUGAGAAUCUCAACAAGACCGCCAAAGAAGAAGACGACAUCUACAAACUCUGUCAUGACCUCAAGAUGACCUCUAUCAAUAAGCAGCCUGCUUCACCAUCCCCAGAGGAAAGAGGGACUCCGUCACUUCUGGCCGGAAAGCCUGUUUCCCAGGCAACAGUCACACAGCCUGAAGCCCGAGACACCAUCCUCAUGAUCGUCAGAGGCAGCCUCGGGAGCUACAACAGCAGCAGUGAAUGUCUGGAGGACAGUACGACAGGCUCUGUGGCAGAAGCCAUUGCCAGUGUUUUACGAGGCUGCCUCGAGCACAUGCCCACAGCUGAGAAAUUACCCAAGGCUAGCGGAUGCAGCAGCAUGCAGUGGGUGACAAAGUGGGUGGAUUAUUCCAACAAAUACGGCUUUGGUUAUCAGCUGGCCGACAACACAGUGGGCGUCCUCUUCAAUAGCGGAACGCACAUGAGUCUCCUAGCUGACAAAACGACUGUAUUGCAGCAUGCUGAGAUGGGUCAGUGCGCUGUGAUGUACACAACAGAUGUUCCUGAGAACUGCGUGGGCCAGGUCACAAUUCUCAAGUACUUCGCUCACUACAUGGAAGAAAACCUAAUGGAUGGAGGUGAUAUGGUGAUUGAAACAGAUGCUGAAAAGCCCAGACUUUACUUGCUGCAAUGGCUGAAGUCAGACCGGGCCCUGAUGAUGCUUUUCAAUGAUGGCACAUUCCAGGUGAACUUCUACCACGACCACACCAAACUCAUCCUGUGCACCCAGCAGGACGACUACCUCCUGACGUACAUCAACGAGGAGCGAGCAUCCUCCACUUUCAAACUGAGUGCCCUCCUGAGGGCCGGCUGCACGUCGGAGCUGCGCAGCCGAAUGGAAUAUGCGCUCAACAUGCUCCAGCAGAGAUGCAAAAAAGUGCUGUGAGACUCUUUUGUGUCUCACCGUGUGUGUGUGUGUGUGUGUGUGUGUGUGUGUGUGUGUGUGUGUGUGUGUGUGUGUGUGUGUGUGUGCACGCAAGCACACGGAGAAUCUGUGAACUGAACAGAAGCAAACUGGAACUGUUAAUUAAUGUGGAUGUGUUAAUUAAUGCUGAAAGACUGUUAGAGAAUGUUUAACUGGAUGGAAGUAGGUGCCGUGGCAUGAAGAUAGUGGAGCGUAAAGUGGGCAGGAGAAAUGAAUGUAGCAUUGUGUUUUUAGAAAAUAAGCUUGGAGAUGAGAGACUGGGCUGGAACCAGGGGUUUAAGGAGGAUAACCAGGGAAACUCAGAAGUGAAAGCUGGAUUUAACGCAAAAAAUGUCUGUUGAGACUUUUUUUUUUUUUUGCAUGUCAGAGUGUGAAUGUAUGUGUGAGAUCACUUCAUUUGUUAGGAAAUAGCAAAUAUUUAUUAUGUAAAUAAUUAUUUAUUUACUUUUAUUAAAUAAUUAAACUAAGGUAAUA